AUGGAAGAUUCGACUAGGAUUGGAGAUGAUAAGAAGGUGGUGCAGGAGCAGGAACGGGAGCAGGAUCACGAUGUCGAACAGCAAGAUGCAUACGGCGAGACGAGGAGUUUGGGUAAAGACGAUAUUUUACAGCUCGAGCAUACGGAUCCGGUGCUGAAUGCAAAGAUGCAUUUGGUUAAUAAUGCUAUCGACGAGAUUGGGUUUACGACGUAUCAAUGGAAGCUCUUCGUCUUGAAUGGUUUCGGGUACGCUGUCGAUUCGCUCAUCCUACUUAUACAAUCCGUCAUCGCUGCCCAGGCCACCCUCGAGUUCAAUCCUUCCUACCAAAACGGGUUGACUAUCGCUGCGUAUGUUGGUAUGCUCACGGGCGCUUUAUUCUGGGGCCUAUCUGCCGAUAUCAUCGGGCGAAAGACGGCUUUUAACGUUAGUUUGCUGAUCUGCUCCAUCUUUGCGAUUGUGGCUGGUGCAAGUCCCAAUUGGGAGGUCUUGGGCCUGUUUGUAUGCUUGAGUUCUUUUGGAGCUGGGGGGAACCUGGUGCUAGAUACCGCCGUCUUUCUAGAGUAUCUGCCUAGUUAUAGGCAGUGGAUGCUGACACUCAUGGCGGCUUGGUGGGGCAUCGGCCAACUCGUCGCUGGUUUCUUCGCUUGGGCUUUCCUCCCAAACUUCAGCUGCGCAGAUCCAUCCAUUGAUCCAACGGCCGGACCUUGUACAAAGUCCAACAACCAAGGCUGGCGCUACGUCUGGUACGCUUCCGGCUCCUUAGUCUUCGUCAUGUCCAUCCUCCGCAUAACCGUCAUCCGACUGAAGGAGACGCCCAAGUUCCUUGUCAGCGAAGGAAAAGACGCAGAAUGCGUCGAGACUCUCCACUUCAUCGCAACAAAGUACAACCGCCCUUGCAGUCUCACACUCACCCAGAUGCAAGACUGCGGCACGGUAGAUCGCGUCGCAACACGGGGAAACAAGAGUAAAUGGGGUUUUGGAGAAAUCGCCAUGCACCUACGCGGUCUUUACUCGACGCGAAGAAUCGGUAUCUCAACGUCUUUAAUCUGGCUCUCCUGGACACUGAUUGGUCUCGCUUACCCGCUCUACAACGUCUUUCUCCCCGCUUACCUUCGCUCCCGCGGCGCCGCUUUUGGUGAGCCCUCGCCCUCUAUUACCUGGCGCAACUACACGCUCGUCAAUUUCAGCGGUAUCUGGGGUCCCGUGCUAGCUGGUUACAUGUGCCAUACGCGUCUUGGUCGGAAGUAUACAAUGGUCAUUGGCGCGUUGGUUACUAUGGCCUUUUUCUUUGCGUAUACGCAGGUCAUCUGCCACGGUGACGACUCCAUGUUGUAUCCCUUCUGCCAACAAAACUUCAGCACCCCAGCCUCCAACGCCCAGCGUGGCGAUCCCCACAGCGCCACUGAACAUUGCGGAUCCCAUUACAUCCCGUUUGCGAGUCCUGUGCUGCUCUUGGUAGCGACAAAGAUGUCGAUCGAUGAUGUCGCGUUUCUUUCGGGCAUUAUGUACUGCAAGGCUGGAGAUAGUGGUUGA